AUGUUUCGAAACAAACCAUCCACACCAAUUGUUACUUUGGAAAAGCUUCAACAAGUAUUGCCUUUCGGGAAGGAUAUUUCUCAAAUUUCUUCGUGUGAGCUAGUGGCCAAACAAGGAGUGGUUGCGAGGACUUAUCGUAUUGAGCUCGUACAUGUCAAUCGUGAUGAUGAUGAUGAUUUAAUGAAACGUCCAGAUCAAAUACUUUUGAAAACCAAUACACGAGGAUUUGCAGCAGGAAAACAAGCUGCCUAUGAAAAGGAAAUGAACAUGUUCAGAAAGGUGUUGCCAUUGUUACAACAUUCAUGGUUGUCGGAAAAAGCAUCGGAUUUGAAUAAUGAUGAAUUAUUUGCUCCAAUUAUAUAUGCCAUUGAUUACAAUAUGGAAACAAAAACCAUGAUGAUUUUUAUGGAAUACUUGGAAACGCGUGAUGACCCAUCUCAAUCUUAUCAAUUAUCAUGCUCGUCAAGAUCGUACUUUGGUGAAAAUGCAAUACCUAUUAAGGAUAAAAGAAUUGCAACAAGCGUUUUGAAAAAACUGAAACAAUUACAAAUAGCAUUCAAUUCAAAUAUUUUACAGAAAUAUGGCAAAGAAAAAUUGUCGUCUGACGAUUUCAAGAUGGAACAUUCCAUCUACUCGGCUCUCGAAUUCUUAUUUAAAAUUCCCAUCGAGAAGGGAAAGGCGAUGGGAGCUGAGGCUAUUGCUAACUUGUUUACCAAACAGUUUAAAGAAGAUUUAGAAUCGAUUUGUGACAUGGACGAAAGUAGAUAUCCAGAGGAACUUUCCGAGCUCGUACAAAAGACUCGUCUAAUUUGUGACAAGUUUAAUUCUGAAAAAGAGUUACAACAAGCAGUGUUGUACAUGUUGAGUGGAGAAUGCUCCAAUCAGCAUUGUUCAUGGAAUAAUGAAGAUGUAAACAUUAGCGUGAGAUUUAUCGAUUGGCAAACGUGUGGCUAUGGAAAUCCAUUGGCAGAUGUCGUCAAUUUUAUUUGUCAAUCACUCGACCCUGAAUUGCAACAAACCAUGUAUGGAACUUUAAUUUCUGAAUUUGCCAACGAAUACAUGAAUCUGGAGACUGAGUUGCAACCAUGUCUAAAAAGUGCUCUAUGGUUUCAAAUGUACUACUCGACCACGUACGCUAAAAUGUUCAAGAACGCACAUGCCAAUUUAAAGAAGGAAAUUGGUUCUCUCUAUGAUUUGCUAUUAAGAGGUUCAUUGUCCAUUUCCAAUCUACUACUAAGGUCUAUGGAACCAUAA